AUGUCGGGCGGAUUCGAACCGUUCGCCCUUUCUGAAGAUGAUGUGCUGAAGCUGAUCGCCACUCAAGCACACAUUGGAUCUGCAAAUGUUGAUUUCCAAAUGGAGCAAUACGUCUAUCAGCGGCGCUUUGAUGGAACUUACAUUAUCAAUUUGAAAAAGACAUGGGAGAAGCUGCUUUUGGCUGCUCGUGCUAUUGCUGCUGUUGAGAAUCCCGCUGAUGUCGUUGUGGUCUCUGCUCGACCAUACGCUCAGAGGGCCCUCCUCAAAUUCGCCGCUCACACUGGCGCUACUGCUAUUUUUGGACGUUUCAGUCCUGGAUGUCUCACAAAUCAGAUCCAAAAGACUUUCAAAGAGCCACGUCUUCUGGUUAUUUCUGAUCCUCGUGUUGAUCAUCAGGUGAGCAGUUUUAAUUUUUGA